AUGUAUUCUGGCGGGGGCAUAUUUAGCAUCACCUCGCGCAUCCUCGUCGUUGACCUUCUCACCGGCCUGCUCAACCCAGAGACCAUUACAGGCCUCAUCGUUCUGCACGCAGACCGCGUCAUCGCAACAUCUUUAGAGGCCUUCAUUCUCCGCGUUUACCGACAGAAGAACAAGGUUGGCUUCCUCAAGGCAUUUGCGGACAAUCCAGACCCAUUCACCAUUGGCUUCUCGCCACUCACCACCAUGAUGAGGAACUUAUUCCUCAAGAAGGCUUCGCUCUGGCCCCGGUUCCAUGUCACCGUCGCGCAGUCGUUGGAGGGCAAGAAGAAGGCGGAGGUCAUCGAGCUUGAAGUGCCCAUGACAGAUUCCAUGAAGGACAUCCAAAACGCAAUCAUGGAGUGUGUCGAGGUCAGCAUUCAUGAGUUGAAAAAGGGUAACAGCGGCCUGGAAAUGGACGACUGGAACUUGGACAGCGCUCUGCUCAAGAAUUUCGACACCAUGGUCCGUCGUCAACUGGACCCGAACUGGCAUCGGGUCAGCUGGAAGACGCGCCAAAUUGUCAACGACUUGACGGUCCUCCGCGGCCUCCUGAAUAACAUACUGACAUAUGACGCCGUAUCAUUUCUCCAACAUCUUGACACCAUCCACGCUGCUCAUUCUCCGCCACCCGGGUCUACACGCCAAACCCAGUCGCCCUGGCUGUUCCUCGAUGCGGCUCAGACGAUAUUCGACACGGCACGAAGGCGGGUGUAUUCUGCCAAUCCCAAGGCUGUAUCUCAAGGUCAAAACAUCGACUCCCUUCGCCCGGUACUCGAGGAAUUGCCGAAAUGGGGCAUGUUGGCUGAAGUACUGGAAGAGAUUGAUCGGGAUCUCUACUUCGAGCCACCCGCCAGGGAUGAUUCGAAUGGGACCAUACUCAUCAUGUGCUCCAACACAGAUACCUGCAGGCAGCUGCGCGACUACCUGCAAACGAUGCACGUCAAGCCCAAGGUGGAGAAGUCAGAAGAGGACGACGCCGAUGGUGAAGACGCUCACAAGGCAUCCGCGGCCUUCAUGAUGAGGAGGCGCCUGCGAAACUACUUGCUCUGGAAGAAGCAAUUUGCGCAGGUCAGCGCAACUCUUUUCGCUGAGAAUCAAAAGGCGCUGAACAGCGCGUCGGACUCACGGCCAGGGCGCGGCGGUAUGCGUGGCGGAAAGCCACCCGCAAACAAGAGGCGGAGGGUACGGGGCGGCGGCAACAUGGGCAUAUCCGCUGGCCGAGCGGACAACGGCGUCAUCGCUCAAUACUUCGAAAAGCCUGGAGAAGUCGCCGACCUCAUGGCCGAGGUCCAGAUAACAGAGGAAGAGGCCCAACAGAAAGAGGACAUUAUUGCAGAUCCUCUCGACGACAUGGACGACUACUUUCAGCUCUACGACAUGCAGGACCUCGUGGUUGUGCAUGCCUACGAUGGCGACCAGGAUGAGCACGUCCUGGAAGAGGUCAAACCGCGGUAUAUCGUCAUGUACGAGCCAGACGCCUCGUUUAUACGUCGCGUGGAAGUCUACAGAUCGUCGCACAACGACAGAAACGUGCGGGUGUACUUUAUGUACUACGGCGGCUCCGUCGAGGAGCAGCGGUACCUCGCCUCAGUGCGACGAGAGAAGGAUGCAUUCACCAAGCUCAUCAAGGAACGCGCCAGUAUGUCCUUGGUCAUGACGGUAGACCCGCACGGCAUCGAGGACCCUCAAGAAGCCUUCUUGCGCACCGUCAACACGAGAAUAGCAGGUGGCGGUAGACUGGCUGCGACAGCGCAACCACCACGUGUGGUGGUUGACGUACGAGAGUUCCGGUCUUCAUUGCCAUCGCUUCUGCACGGACGGUCCAUCAUCAUCGUACCAUGCAUGCUCACCGUUGGUGACUACAUCCUGUCACCACACAUUUGCGUUGAACGCAAGUCCAUCAGCGAUCUCAUAUCGUCGUUCAAGGACGGCCGCUUGUAUAACCAAGCCGAGACCAUGUUUAUGCACUACAGGAACCCGAUGCUGCUCAUCGAGUUUGACCAAAACAAGUCAUUCACACUGGAACCCUUCGCCGACCUUUCAGGCAGCCUGAGCAGUGUGGCGCCGUCCAACGUCUCGUCUGACCUCCAGUCCAAGCUGGUGCUGUUGACGCUCGCGUUCCCAAAGCUCCGCAUCAUCUGGUCCUCCUCACCAUAUCAAACGGCCGAGAUAUUCGAAUCGCUCAAGGCACAGGAGGACGAGCCCGACCCGAUCGCGGCGGUGCAGGCCGGUCUCGACAAGGACAUGAAAGUGGAAGACCAGGCGUUCAACCAGGAGCCUCAGGAGAUGCUCGUGGUCGUUCCGGGAGUGACUCCGAAGAACAUCAAGAACAUCGUGCUGGAGACGGAGAACAUUCGGGAGGUGGCCAACAUGACGCAGGGAGAGCUGGAGCCGCUGGUGGGCAAGGCUGCCGGCAAGUCCAUACACGGCUUCUUCAAUCGCAAUGUCAUGGAAGAGGAGGAAUAG